CAAGCCAUUCGUCAAAAGAUAUCAUUAUCGCUCGACAUCUCUAUCCAAAAUCCAAAUCCCAGAACAAUCCUUUCUUCUCUCCGCUUCAUUCCUUUAAAACUCUCCAAAGGCCAACAAAGCCCCCAAAAGUUCAUCAAAUUUUUUUUUUUGAGUUGGGUGUGUGAACAUCAUCCUGUUUUCUUCAGUUUUGGUGAUCUAGGAGAGAGAUGGCUGGGCCUUCAGCUAAGUCUUUCAAGCAAGCGCAUAAUUUUGAGAAGAGGAAGUCAGAAUCUGCGAGGAUCAGGGAGAAAUACCCUGAGAGGGUUCCAGUGAUCGUGGAGAAGGCAGGGAAAAGUGAUAUUCCAAGUGUCGACAAGAGAAAGUACUUGGUUCCUGGCGAGUUGACUCUUGGACAGUUUGCUUAUGUUAUUCGGAAGAGAAUCAACCUUACUGCAGAAAAGGCCAUCUUUUUAUUCAUAGAUGAUAUUCUUCCAACUUCAGGAUCUCUAAUGUCUGCUCUCUAUGAGGAGAAGAAAGAUGAAGAUGGGUUUCUCUACAUUACGUACAGUGGAGAGAACACUUUCGGGUUUUAGCUCCCUGUAGUAUUCGUAUUUUCACUGCAUCAUUCUCUGCUAGUUUCAUGCUGCUCGUUCUUUUAAUUUUAAUUUUUUUUGUCUUCCUCUGUUCGUAGAAUGAGACAUGAAGAUCGUUGAGCUGUACAGUUUGCAAGUCUUAUGUAGCCACCAUGGGGUCAUGACUGUUAAUAAAAAAAAAAAAGAUGCUUGGCACUCCAAACUAUAGUUUCUUUGAAUGAAAUGCUACUUUCGAUGCUUGAUUAGUACAA